AUGUCCACGUUCAAAGGCAAUGUUUCCAUCACCCACAUCACGACCGCCACGGCGAUAAUCAACAUUGACGGUGUGCGGUUCCUCACCGAUCCUGUAUUCUGUCCUGCGGGCUCUGAAUACGUCUACGACGGCUGGUCCAAGGCCCCCAACCUUGAGGAGUUCGGCUUCAAGGAGGCUCCAACAGCGACUCUGCGCAGCUUCGAAGGGCCAGCCCUCGAAUUGCGCGACAUCCCACCCAUCGAUGCGGUCUUACUGAGCCACGAAGACCACGUCGACAAUCUCGAUCCUCUCGGCCGCCAGUUACUCGACGGCCGCCAUGUCUUCACCACACCUGAUGGCGAGCACAAUCUCAAGCCACGCCCUGGCGUCGUCGGCCUUCGCCCUUGGCAAACCGUCUCCGCAAGACUCGGAGGCAAAGACUUCCGCAUUACCGGCACCCCAUGCAAGCAUUUCCCAGGUGGCGAGGUGACGGGUUUCAUUGUCGAGUGCGACACCUUCGGCGUUAAUGAGGCCGGUCUGCCCAAUGUGGUGUACUUCUCUGGAGAUACCGUGUGGAUCGAUGAGUUGGCGCAGAUCAAGGACAAGUGGCAUGUUUCCGUUGCAGUCUUGAAUCUGGGAAAUGCGCUUUUCCCGCAUCCUAACGGUGUUUUGCAAAUUACCUUCGAUGGUAAGCAAGCUGCUCACUUGAUGCGCGUGCUAAAUGUCGACCGAAUGGUUCCUAUCCACUUUGAAUCAUGGGAACAUUUCACUGAGCAUCAAGCGGAUUUGGCGACGGUCUUUGACGAUGAAAAGGUGUCGCAUAAGGUUCACUGGCUUACUCCUGGCGAGGAAACCCCGGUAGUGGUGGGUUGA